ACAGAGCAUACUUUCCCACCUGGAAAGGACAGAGUCUGACCCAGAGGGGCUUCCAGGGCUGCUUCUUAAAGGCAUCAGGAAGGUGGGGGACAGUCAAAUACACAUGAUCGAACUGUCACUGUAGUUAAAGGCACAUGGACCACCGGUACGUGCCUUUGAGAAGCAGCUGUGGAAUGCUUACACACACACUGAAUAAAUCAUUGACGAGUAAGGAAAUCAAGACGUGUGGGGAGAUCAAAGGUAACGAAAUCAAGAAGGGUGAGGAGAUCAAAGGUGUGAGAAAGACGAAAGGGAAAAGGCACAAAAGCAAAAAAGAGCAGAGAUAGGCCAUUAUGAUGAAUUGCUGCUAAUGAAAUACUAAGCGAUAAUGUCAAUGCUCUUGCUCGUUCCGUUAAUGUCAGACGGCAGCGGUUUGUGUCCGACCAAAUCAAGCAAAAGAACAGUUUCCCCUGAUGUCGAAAUAGUGGCCAAUGGGGAAAGACAGUCUACCCCACCGGGUCAGGAGGGAGACCGGGCUACUGAUGGACGCUUGACUCCUUGUCCGGACGGUGAAGCAUCUGGAGACUCACCCAAGGAUCAGGUGGCCCAGCAAUUCAACCAAUGUGAAGCAAAAUGCUCCAAAACAAUGUCAGUGUCAGUGUCAACUACACUUUCCAAGGGCAAAGUUCGCUGCAGGUUGGUCAGCCUUCUUAACCCAGAGAGACUGAGGGAAGCCAAGGUCCUUGUGGAAAAAGCUGUAAAGAUGCAUAAGGUGUUCUCUAUCCACGGCCCUUACCCUGUCAUCAGGGAGGCACUGAGGGCCAGAGGCUGGAUUGAGCAGCGCGUGCACCGGCCUUACAAACGUGCACACCGGCGUCACAGGGAUGAGAGCAGAUUAGACAAAAAUGCAGAUGAUGUCGACGAAGAGCAGGAUCUGGCCGAACUUGAUGAUCUCAUGUCUCGCCUGGUGCGAAAUGAAAUGGUGUAUUUUUAUUGGACAAGACGCAGCAACGCCCUCAACCCCAGCAGCUUGCAAAAAGAACAGAUCACCAAUCAUUUUGCAAACGGACACAACCUCACCACCAAGGCGGGAUUGUGUGUGAACCUGAGGAACCUGCACUGGUUCGAUUCAACUGACCCGGACGCCUUCUUCCCUCGCUGUUACAGACUUGGAGCACAGGAUGAAAAGCACGCUUUCAUCGAAGACUACAGGAGAACCGCCUGCACCAGUCUUCUGAAGUACAUUGUGGAGCGGGAGCAGGGUGUUCAGGAAGAGGGAACGAGCCGCAACAUUUGGGCUGUCCGGGAUCAGAGGAAACAAAGCAAACAUCAAUCAGGACCUGUGGUCCUCUCCAAAAUCAUUGACAAGGCGCUUAAAGUAUGUCAGGAGUUCCUGGACAGUGUGGAUCACAGCGACAUAGAUAUAGGCUUGGAGUCACAACAAAUACUGACAACGGAGGACUGGACGCAGUUUAUUGACAGUUAUUACCUUGUUGUUCAUGACGGAGCAGAGAUAGAGAUCACCGAUCACUUAGUCACACGCUGCGAAGCCAUGCUCCAGAAAAUGGGGGAGGUCAAUCCACAGCUGGACAUAGGCGGCACACACAACAUCUGGAUCAUCAAACCUGGAGCAAAGUCCAGGGGCAGAGAUAUCCAGUGUGCCAAGCGUCUGGAUCAGAUCCUCCGGCUGGUGAACAGUGAUCCAACUCUAAUCAAGGAAAGCAAGUGGGUGGUGCAGAAGUACCUGGAGCGUCCCUUGCUGGUCCAUGGCACCAAGUUUGACUUGCGCCAGUGGUUCCUGGUCAGUGACUGGAACCCUCUGACUGUGUGGUUCUAUAAAAAGUGCUAUUUGCGCUUUUCUACGCAACCUUAUUCACUACAUACACUGGACAGCUCGGUCCACCUGUGCAAUAAUUCCAUCCAGAGGCACCUGCGGCCCUCCAAAAAACGACACAGAGACAUCCCAGCAGACAACAUGUGGUCAGGUGACCAGUUCGAGACCUACCUGUCCAGCCAGGGCCGGGGAGGUCAGUGGGAGACCGUGGUCGUCCCAGAGAUGAAGGCGGCUCUCAUACAUGCACUGCAGACAACACAGGAUGUGAUAGAGUCCCGCAAAAACUCCUUUGAACUCUAUGGCGCUGACUUCAUGUUAGGACAUGACCUGUGUCCAUGGCUGAUAGAAGUCAAUGCUAGUCCUACCAUGGUUUCCUCCACCCCUGUGACAGCCCAACUCUGCACUGCUGUGCAGAGGGACACAUUGCGAGUCGUCCUGGACUGGAGAGUUGACAGCAACGCAAACACGGGAGACUUUCAGCUCAUAUACAGGCAGGCAUCAGUCCAAGUGCCACAGUCUUUAGGAGUCAACCUCCUUGUGGAGGGCUUCAAGAUCAAACGCCCUUUCCCGCUUCUUCAACUGAGGCCCGCCAGCCAUUCAGCACCGAAACACCGUGGCCCUGCCAAGGAGAAGAAGCCUGCAACAGCAAAAGCAAAGCCCCGGUCUAAGAUGCGUUUGAAGAGAGCUGAGCGUCCACUCAGACACGCUGGCCGUGGGCUUCCUUCUCGUCUCCCUCCUGAGCUGCAUGUGCCCAUCCCUGUUAGAACCCUUACACUUCACCUGCCAAUGAUUGCGUAAGGGUGGGGGGGGGGGGGUCGCUAUGAGAGUGAGAAGAACAACAGAGCUGGCUUCUUCCUGGAGCACAUGGCUUUCAAGGUGGACAUGAGUAUAUUUUAUGACCUUGAGACCAGCUCUUUGUUCUUUUAAAAGAAAUACAGUUUAUUAAAACCCCAAAACAAUAUUAAAAA